AUGGGCGACGUGCGUCUGCUUCCACUCCCCUUGCCAUUCCGCGGCGUCAUGUCGGAUAUUACAGCUCUUCAGCGUUAUUUGAAUGAUCAGGGGUAUGCGUUUCGAUCCACAUAUGACACGACCAACGUCUGGAAGCUAAACGUCAACGACGAAGCUCGGUACUGGCGGGGCUACCUUUCGACGAGGCCCAAGUACUCGAACGAGUUUUACAACCUCAUCUACGACUACCAUAGUGCACACAGCAAGUCAUUUGCCGUCGCACACGACGUGGGCGCUGGACCAGGGCAAGUUUCGGCGAAGCUGGCCGAACGAUUCGCCCAUGUCGUCGUCAGCGACAACAACGCCAACCAUGUCGACUACGCGCGGUACAUGCUUUUAGGAGACACUCAGCAGCGACAGCAGCAACCUCGCUUCUCUUUCACUGUCGCCAAAGGCGAGGAAUUGGGCGACCGGUACCCGCCGGGAUCUGCCGAUCUCGUGGCGUGCCCGCUCAUGUUCCCCUUGAUGGAGACGGAGGCCGCACUGCAGAGCUUCGCCCAGCUUCUCAAGCCCGGAGGCACACUCGCUAUCUGGUUCUACGGACGAGCGCACUUCGCCGAGCCCACCGCUACUUCAACGCGCUGUCAACCUCUGCUGGACGCCAUCAUCGACCACCACUUCGCAUCGGUCAUCCAGGGCCAGGGCCCUGCCCACCGCGCCGGGUGGAAGCGUGCCGCCGAUGGCAUCGCCAGCUGGUUGGAUUAUAUUCCUUUCGCCCCUACAGACUGGGCGGCGGUCGAGCGACACAAGUGGAACGCAGGCUGGGCGACCCUGGGGUUUUUCGGCAAUCGAGCAUGCGAUUUCCCCGUCGAGCCUGUGAGUCGCGUCGCGCCCACCGAGACCAUCCGCGACAUUGAGGACAGACAGCUCUGGCGGAGGGACUGGACGAUCCACGAGCUGAAGAUGUUUGUAGAACACAUCUUUCCCUUUCGUCACUUCGAUGAGGAGGCGGUGCGGCCAUUGUGGGCUCAGUUGCAGGCGGAGAUGGGCGGAGGCCAUAUUCAACAUGUCUUUUCAUGGCCGGCAGUGCUGGUUCUGGCGUCUAGGAGGUAG